UGUUCAUCAGAUACGAUAUUUACUAAUUGUUCUCUUUAAAUGUUUAAAUGACUAAUGAAACAGUAGCCAUACUAUCAAAUAUUAUUCAAACGUAUGCAGUGUGUCUAUAGGGAUUGUAUCUAUAAAUUUACUAAUUAAAUAUGGAAGAUCGAAAGAUAUCAGUUGUAAUUCUAAGUGUGGAUGGUAGCGAUGUUUCUCUUUUCGCGAUUAAAAAAUAUUCCGAAGAAUUAAUGGAGUCAAAUCAUCAUGUCGUUGCUGUUUUAGUAAGCGAAAGGACAGAUGUUGCAUUUAGUGCUAUUGGGCCAUUGGACAAAUCUUUAGUAAAAGCACUAAUAGAAGCAGAGGAACAAAAAAUAAGUGAAAGGAUCGGUUGUGUUAAGACAUGUAUGGAUGAGUGUAAGAUAAAAGGGCAAAUUGUCAGAGCAUAUGGAGAACCGGGUCCAGCAAUUCUGGACAAAGCAAAAGAACUUAAAGCUAGCUUUAUCGUGACUGGAUCCCGUGGGUUAGGAAAGCUGCGAAAAACAUUAUUGGGUAGCGUCAGCAGUUACCUGUUACACCAUGCACACGUCCCUAUUGUUGUUUGCAAGAUGCCAAGUUGAGAAAUAUUAUUUACAGUAUAUGGCACAUCAUUUAACCUUAUAGGUUUUCGCUCGGACAUUGGCCUGUUGCUGCUAUUCUAUAUUGUUGGCAUUCAGAUUCGAAACGUUAUCGAAAUAGUGAAACUGAAAUAAACAAGACUCUGUAAAUUUUUCGAUGUUUUAAAUAAACUUAUUUAAAAAGGCUAUCUAUCUAACACUGUAAUCAAAUCUUUGAAUCUUAUAUUUAUCGGUACAAACAUUGAUUUUGUUAUCAAUAAAUUAAAACAUAGCUAA